AUGCCUCACGCACGAUCCCUUGUGCAGAGCAAGACUUUUGUCACCCCCUCUCGAUGUUACGAGAAGGCCCGACUCGACCAGGAGUUGAAACUCGUCGGUGAGUUCGGUCUCCGAAACAAGCGAGAAGUCUGGCGAGUCAAGUUGGCCGUCGCCAAGGUCCGAAAGGUCGCCCGUACCCUCCUCACCCUCGACGAGAAGGACCCCAAGCGACUUUUCGAAGGUAACGCACUUCUUCGACGACUUGUCCGAAUUGGUGUCCUCACUGAAGACAAGAUGAAGCUUGAUUUCGUCCUUGCCCUCAAGAUCGAGGAUUUCCUUGAGCGACGACUCCAGACCCAGGUCUUCAAGCUCGGACUCGCCAAGUCCAUCCACCACGCCCGAGUCCUCAUCCGACAGCGACACAUCCGUGUCCGAAAGCAGGUCGUCAACGUUCCUUCCUACGUUGUCCGAUUGGACUCCCAGAAGCACAUUGACUUCUCCCUUCGAUCUCCUCUCGGAGGCGGACGACCCGGCCGAGUCAAGAGAAAGAACGCCCAGAAGGGUGGCAACGCCGGCGGUGACGACGACGAAUAA